AUGGGAAUUCAACCCGCAGAGGCCGCCUUCUCAUGCACUUCUCCCGAUCAAGUCAUAUCAACCGGCUUGACGAAUGGGCACAAUGUCGCGUACACUGUCGCCUUUGCUUCAUCCCGCGUUACCGGCAUUGCUGCGAACUGCAACCUUGCUUCUCAAAGCUGGUACUGGCUCCAAUUCACCGUCCCCGGCCCUCUCUUGACAGUCACCCUUUCCCUGGUACCAAGCGACGGCGCAACACCCGGUGUCAGCGACACGUACCUCAUCUUGUAUCGGGACAGUUGUGACACACAGCUCGCAUGCAACGAUGACGCUGCCAGCACUUACUACUCGCGAAUUGAAAUCCCCUUGGGCGCGGGCACCUAUCGUCUUGCCAUUGGCCAGUAUUCGACUUCCUCGGCAGGCACUACCUCCAGCGCCAGGAUUGUGGUCAAGGCCACCAACAGCUUGUGCAACUCGUGCUCCACCUGCCUGUCGCAAACCUGGGCCUGGUUUCCCCCGUACCCAAAGCCGCAGAUCUCGUACAACACUGGCUUGACCACGACGGCGAAUUCUUACACGCUCUACCAAACCACAUUCUUGCCGAUUGUCGCCCCGGACGAUGGCGAGAUUUUCAUCUCGACCUGUGCUACAGAUGGCGUGGUUUGGAGCUCGUCCGCCCUCGAUACGAUUGUGGCUGCCUACACGAGUUGCAGCUCAGUCUUGACCGUCAUCGAUGACAACUGCAACUCUCGUCAAACCCAACUGAGAUUCGAUGUCACCCGCGACCAGCGCUUGAAUGUCGCGGUCGGACUCUACCCCUCGGCUUCGUCCGCAGUAACCUCCCAGAUUGUCAUGACAUUUACGUGUAAGGCCGGCAAGUACGACGAUGACAACAAUCAAAACACAAUGUGCGCUACCUGCCCUGGCAUCACGGGCUGCACCUCCUCCAUCACGUGCACCACCAACAACAACAUGCAGUGCACCAGCUGCGACACUGGGCGCUACUUGCUGGAGGGUACGCUUGAUAGUUGUCCAUUCUGCACAAACAACAUUGCUGGUUGCCUGUCCGUGACGUGCACAACGUCCACGGAUCAAGUGUGCACAUCGUGCAGUUCCGGCUACUGGCUGAACGGCGGAACCUGCACCCCAUGCACAAGCGUCACCUACUGCACGUCGGCACUGACAUGCACCUCGGCGACCACGUCGCAGUGCACGUCGUGCGAUGCCAACCACUACGUUUCUCCGGGCACGGCGGUGACUUGCGCAGCGUGCACGAGCAUUUCGAACUGCGGCUCGCUGCCGACGUGCACCAGUGCGUCGAAUUCGCGCUGUCCAGGAUGCUCGGGUGGCUUUUACCGCUCUGCCGGCACCUCGAGCGACACGUGUCCCGCAUGCACUCCCAUCAGCAACUGCGGCAAUGGCCUGACCUGCUCCACCGCCUCCAACAGUCGCUGCGCGUUGUGCUCGACCGGCUACUAUAACACGGCCGGGUCGGCCACUUCUGCCGACACUUGCAAUCUGUGCACGAGCGUUUCCAACUGUGCCGUGACGCCAACAUGCUCUGCCGCGAGCGCGAGCACGUGCGGCAGUUGCACCAACGGAUACUAUCGCACCGCCGGGCCACCCGAUUCGUGCACCAUCUGCCCCUCCGUGUCGCAGUGCACAUCUGCUGUUUCGUGCGCCUCUGCAGUCACUUCCCAAUGCUCUGCGUGCCAGAGUGGCUACUAUUUACUCAAGGGUGCGGCCGACACAUGCCCAUUGUGCACCCAAAUUUCCAACUGCCUUUCGGUCGAAACAUGCUCUUCAUCCGCCGAUUCGCGCUGCCUCUCUUGCGCGGCCGGCUACUGGCGCAAUGCAGGCACAACCAAAGACACAUGUGACACUUGCAACCCCGUCAGCAACUGCCAACCCUCGUCCGUCACCUGCUCCACCAGCACGAAUUCUGUCUGCGGAACCUGUCUCAGCGGAUAUUGGCUCACCUCUGCGUUAGCAUGCCAGCAAUGCUCAGACGUGUUGCACUGCACCUCCUCCAUCACUUGCUCUUCCGCGACCAACUCUCAGUGCACAGGCUGCGCGGCAGGCUACUUCCUGGUCGACGGCACGGCCGACACUUGCCAGCAAUGCUCUGCUGUGCCCAACUGUGCCGGGAGCCUGAGUUGCACCUCCUCGUCCAAUUCCCGUUGCUCUGGCUGCGCGGCUGGCUUCUAUCUGGUGGUUGGAACGACCACCAGCAUGGAUCAGUGCUUGCCCUGCCAGAGUGUUUCUGGCUGUGCUACAUCGCCGAUUACCUGCACCAGCUCUUCGACUUCUCAAUGCGGCUCGUGCGUCGCCGGCCGUUACCUGCUGGACGGAACGGCCGAUACUUGUCCGACCUGCGGGACAGUCGCCAACUGCGUUGGCUCGUCUGUGACCUGUACCACGAGCUCGAACUCUGUCUGCGGUGCCUGUGACAGCGGGUUUUGGCUUGCGUCGCCAACGGAAUGUCGCGCGUGCACGAGCAUUGGACAGUGCACCUCAGCACUGACCUGCUCGACCGCACUCAAUUCGCAAUGCAUCAGCUGCACUUCGGGAUACUACCUUUCCGAUGGCUCGGCCGACACCUGCCCUCUCUGCGCCACGGUCGCCAAUUGCGCCGCUUCCACCACCUGCACGACUGCAAACGAUGCACGCUGCCCCAGCUGUGCAUCAGGGUAUUAUCUCAGUGCUGGCGCAACGACGACGGCAGACACUUGCUUGCAGUGCCCCGCCAUUGCCAACUGCCUGUCUCCCGUCAUCACUUGCACAAAUGCUGGCACGUCUCAGUGCGCGCAGUGCGCAGCAGGCACGUAUCUUGUUGACGGCAGCGCUGAUUCGUGCGCCACAUGCUCCCCUGUGGCCAAUUGCGUGGCGGGAACCAUCACUUGCACCUCGUCGAGCAAUUCGGUCUGCGGCACGUGCAACAGCGGCUAUUAUCUCUCGGCUGGAGCGUGCGUUAUUUGCCCAGGCAUCUCAUCCUGCUCAUCGGCCGUCACUUGCACCAGUGCCUCAACUUCCCAGUGCACCGAGUGUCUCCCGGGCUACCGCCUGGUCGAGGGCACUCAAGACUCGUGUCCAGCGUGUGGUUCCAUCCAGUAUUGCAACUUUGGAUCUGUUACAUGCACGACUGCAUCCGAUUCUCGGUGUGCUUCGUGCUACUCUGGAACCUACCUCUCGGUCGGCACCUCGUCCACGCCCGACAGGUGUCUGAACUGCCCUCCCAUCUCCGGUUGCUCGGGAUCCGUCACGUGCGCCAGUGCCUCUUCUGCACGCUGCUCAGCGUGCGCAAGCGGUCGUUACUUCCAGCCUGGCGCCGUCACAACCCCAACGUCCUCGGAUACCUGUCCGCCGUGUACUCCAGUUUCGGACUGCUUCUCGAGCCUGACCUGCACCGCCAUUGAUAAUUCGCAGUGCACCAGUUGCACUGCUGGCCACUAUCUGAUUGACAACUCCCCAUCCGUUGCAGACUUGUGUCAAGUGUGUGCUCCCGUCUCGUCGUGCUCGUCCAGCUUGACAUGCACAUCUGGCGGCAACUCGCAGUGCACUUUGUGUGAUGCUGGCUAUUACUUGCUCGAUGGCUCCCCUGACACUUGUCCUUCGUGCUCACCGAUUACCUCGUGUGUUCCGGGCACCACCACCUGCACCACCUCAUCGACUUCGAGGUGCGGCACAUGCAGCUCGGGAACCUUCUUGAAUGUUGGAACGCCCACCACUGCAGACUCGUGCAGCACGUGUACUCCCGUCACCAACUGUGCCGUCGCCGCCACUUGCUCGAGCAGCACCACCUCGCGUUGCGCGACCUGCCGAGCUGGCUUUUACAAGCUGGUGGGAGCAUCGUCCGACACUUGCGUUCCGUGCGCCAGCGUGGCCAGCUGCACGUCCGACCUUACCUGCACCUCUCCAACCGAUUCUCAAUGCACCUCUUGCAGUGCUGGGUACUAUCUGGUUGAAGGCGUCGCCGAUACAUGUGCGUCCUGCGCGCCAAUCACAUCGUGCACCGCUGGGACGGUCACUUGUGCGUCCUCAACCACAUCUCGUUGCGGAUUGUGUGCUAGCGGCUUUUAUUUUGUUGCGGGCACCAGCUCGAGUCCCGACCAGUGCGUUGUUUGCCCUGCCGUCUCUGGCUGCUCAGCUCCAGUCACUUGCGCCAGCUCGUCCACGUCCCGAUGCUCUGCUUGCAGCGCAGGCACAUACUUUUCGGCUGGCGGUGCUUCGUCGCCGGAUCAAUGUCUAGCAUGCGCUGCAGUUUCUGGCUGCACCUCUUCACUCACGUGCAGCUCGGCCACCAGCUCACAGUGCACCAGCUGCAGCGUAGGCAAGUUCUUGGUCGACAAUGCAUCACCUGUCGCAGACACUUGCCACGACUGCUCGACCGUUGAUUCCUGUGUCGCCGGCCAACUGUCCUGCACUUCAUCCAGCGAUUCUCAGUGCGCAAGCUGCCAGAGCGGAUCCUGGCUCCAGGAUGGUGUGCAGGAUGCAUGCGUCGCAUGUACCGCUGUGUCAAACUGCUUGUCAGCGUUGACUUGCACCUCCGCUUUAACAUCGCAGUGCACUGGUUGCAAUUCUGGGUACUUUUUGCUCGACAACCCGAGUACUGUCGCAGACGUUUGCCAAGCUUGCGAUUCCGUCGUGGGUUGCACGUCUUCUCUGACGUGCACCAGUGCGACAACGUCCCAGUGCUCCUCAUGCGCUUCUGGUCGGUUUUUAAUCGACAAGCCCACCAACCAAGCAGAUGUGUGUCAAACGUGCGCUUCCGUUGACCAGUGCACCUCUUCGUUGCAAUGCACAAGCCCAACCUCGUCGCAAUGCACGUCGUGUCAGUCGGGCUACUUUUUAGCGGACAAUGCCGCCCCGACUGCCGACACUUGCCAAGGAUGCACUCCUGUCCUGCAGUGCAGCAGCGCGCUCACCUGCACCAGCUCGUCUACUUCCCAGUGCACGACUUGCAACGCCGGAUUUUACCUGUCCGAAGUCGGGAUUGCCGAUACCUGCGAGCCGUGCUCUGCCGUUUCCAAUUGUGCAUCGUCGCCGACUUGCUCGUCCAGCACCAGCUCCCAGUGCACGAGCUGCCAGAGCGGCACUUUCCUGGUCGACAACGCGCCUCCCACGGCUGACGUGUGCCAGACAUGCCCCACCAUCAACCAGUGCACUUCAGCCAUUACUUGCACCUCGUCUUCCACCUCGCAGUGUACUCUCUGUGCCGCUGGUACAUACUUGAUGAAUGAUGUGCAGGAUUCGUGCCCGACCUGUCCUUCGGUCGCUUCGUGCGUUGGUUCAGUCACGUGCGACUCGGCAUCCACCUCUCGAUGCAGUGCCUGCGCGGCUGGAACCUACCUGGUUGCUGGUACCGGUUCGACGCCCGAUCAAUGCGUUGCCUGCCCUGUUAUUGCUGGCUGCUCUGGCUCUGUUACUUGCUCGAGCUCAACCACCUCUCGUUGCUCGUUGUGCCAGUCUGGGCUGUAUCUCACACCUGGCGGCGGCGCAUCGCCAGACGUUUGCUCAUCCUGCACUCCCAUUGCCGACUGCACAUCUGGUGUAACAUGCAUCUCGGCCAGCAGCUCGCAGUGCACCGCCUGCGCGAUUGGCAAAUUCCUUGUGGACAAUGCCUCGCCAUCUGCAGACUUGUGCCAAAGCUGCACGGCCAUCGCACAGUGUCACGGUGUUUUGUCGUGCUCUACGGCGAGCAACUCGCAGUGCACGGCAUGCAGCGCUGGUUUCUGGCUGCACGAAGGAGCGCAAGAUGCUUGCCAACCCUGCUCUGACAUCACUGGAUGCACGUCCGCGCUGACUUGCACGACAGCUGGCGAUUCCCAGUGCUCUACAUGCGCGAGCGGACGCUAUCUCGUCGACGGGAUUGCCGACAUUUGCCAGAGUUGCAGCAUCGUGCCUGGUUGCACCUCUUCCCUCACGUGCGUGUCGAGCACAUCUUCUCAGUGCUCCUCUUGCCUGUCUGGCCUGUAUCUUGUCGAUAACGCAAGCCCGCUCGCAGACAGUUGCAACACUUGCCCGGGAGUACAAAAUUGCACCGUUCCUGUCACUUGCACUUCGGCCUCCACACCGCAGUGCACGGCUUGCGCGCCGAGCACUUACCUUGAGGACCAGCCCUCCACUGGAUCUGAUUCAUGCAUUGGCUGCAACACCGUGGACUACUGCACUGGCAGCCUGUCGUGCACCUCUGCCAGCACUUCUCAAUGCACAGAGUGUGCGGCCGGCCACUAUCUGGUCGAUGGGACGUCGGACACGUGUCAAACUUGUCCCGCCAUUCUGAAUUGCGCGGCCCCCACCACUUGCAGCAGUGCCGUCGCAGUGCGCUGCUCGGCAUGUACUGCUGGCUACUUUAAGACUGCAGGCGAUGCAACUUCGCCGGAUCAAUGCACACCAUGCACGGCCGUGUCUGGCUGCUUGUCCGCCUUGACGUGCACGUCUGCGUCGUCAUCGCAAUGCACGUCUUGCAGCAGCGGCUUGUUCCUCGUCAAUAAUGCUAGUCCCGUGGCAGAUGUGUGCUCAACGUGCGCAAGCGUCGCGCAAUGCAGCUCUGGGCUGACGUGCGUUUCGAGCACGAGUUCUCAAUGCACCAGCUGCAAUACUGGCUACUUUCUUGUUGAUCGCACGUCUCCGACUGCCGACCUCUGUCAGCAGUGUACUGCUGUGGCGCAUUGCUCGGGCCAAGUCACUUGCACUACCGCUUCCAACUCUGUGUGCUCCACUUGCGGUGCCGGCUUUUAUCUGAGCGGAGGAAAUUGCGUGCCUUGUGCUGGAAUUGCCGGCUGCAGUGAUAGCGUUGUGCAGUGCACCUCGGCGACCAACUCGCGAUGUGUCGCCUGCGACGCCGGCUUGUAUCGCGCCGGAGGCACUGUUUCCACUCCCGAUGUUUGCCAAGCUUGCAAUGCAGUGUCUGGGUGCACGUCCUCUCUCACGUGCACGUCAUCGUCUGACUCGCAAUGCACUUCCUGCACUGCAGGGCGCUAUCUUCAAGACGUGACGUCGCCAAACGCCGACUCUUGCCCAGCAUGUCCGUCCAUCUCAAACUGCACCUCCACGCCCGUCACGUGCUCCUCAGACUCCACUUCGCGAUGCACAACGUGCGCAUCUGGCACCUAUCGGUCCAUUGGCGGAGGUUCGUCGCCGGAUCUCUGCUCGGCUUGCUCCAGCAUUGUCGGCUGCCAGUCGGCCUUGACUUGCGCCGACGCGUCCAGUUCGCAGUGCACGUCUUGCCGCUCCGGGCGUUACUUGGUCGAAGGAGCGCAAGACACGUGUCCGAGAUGUACAACCAUUCCUUCCUGCACGGGCUCUGUUACCUGCUCUUCAGCUGCCGACUCGCGUUGCGAUGCGUGUGCUGCCGGCACCUACCUCCUUCAGGGCGACAGCACUCACGCAGAUCAAUGCGUGUCUUGCCCGAGCGUCGUCGGAUGCUCUGGGUCUGUCACCUGCUCGAGCGCAGUCACCUCUCGAUGCACGGCUUGCACAUCUGGCUUGUACUUGGUCUCGGGAACAACCACCCAGCCCGAUACUUGCAACUCGUGCACCCCUGUCACCAACUGUGCGUCAGCCUUGACGUGCAUUUCUGCUGGUUCUUCUCAAUGCACCUCCUGCAAUGCAGGCUCUUUUCUGGUCGACCUGGCUUCGCCAAGCGCAGACUUGUGCACCACAUGCGACACUGUUCCAUUCUGCAGUGGUUCUGUCACGUGCACCAGCACGGCGAAUGAGCAGUGCACUGCGUGCGUUUCAGGGCAUUAUCUGCUUGAAGGAACUCAGGACUCGUGCCCCCCUUGCAGCGCCGUCGCCGGUUGCGCCUCCGCCCCAACCUGCACGUCUGAUGUAGAUUCUCGUUGCACCACCUGCCAGCCCGGUCGCUACCACGCUACUGGAGGUACUGGCGUUGCUGAUUCCUGCCCAACAUGCUCGAGCAUUGUGAACUGCACAUCCUCCUUGACCUGCACGACGAGCGGCGACUCUGUCUGCACGGCUUGCGCCGUGGGUACCUACCGCUCCGCCGGUGUGGUCGGAUCGCUGGCUGAUUCGUGCACCAACUGCCCUGGCAUUGGUGGCUGCACGGGUGUGCUGUCUUGCACGGCUGUCGGCAAUUCUCAGUGCAGUCAGUGCGUUUCUGGCACCUACCUGGUCGAUGGCGCGCAAGAUUCGUGCGCGACGUGUCUUUCAAUUUCGUCGUGCACUGGAACUGUCACGUGCGAUUCGGCAUCCACCUCUCGAUGCAGUGCCUGCGCGGCUGGAACAUACCGGGUUGCUGGUACCGGCUCGACGCCCGAUCAAUGCGUUGCCUGCCCUGCGAUCGCUGGCUGCUCUGGCUCUGUUACUUGCGCGAGCUCAACCACAUCUCGUUGCUCAUCGUGCCAGUCUGGCUUGUACCUGACACCUGGCGGCUCGUCGGCAGACUUGUGCUCAACCUGUACUCCGAUUUCCGGUUGCACAUCUGGCGUGACCUGCAUCUCGUCCAGCAGCUCGCAAUGCACCGCAUGCGCGACUGGCAAGUUCCUCGUGGACAACGCCUCGCCAUCUGCAGACUUGUGCUCCGACUGCACGGCCAUCGCCCAGUGCAAUGGCGCCUUGUCGUGCUCCUCUUCGAGCAAUUCGCAGUGCACGGCCUGCAGCGCUGGUUAUUGGCUGCAAGACGGAACUCAAGACUCUUGCGUGGCCUGCACUGCGGUUUCAGGCUGCACCUCUUCGCUGACUUGCACUUCUGCCACCAGCUCCCAAUGCACGACUUGCGUCAGCGGCACAUACCUCAAUGACAAUGCGUUGCCUGCGGCUGAUACGUGCAACACUUGCACGCCCGUUCAAAACUGCAGUUCCGCCCUGAGCUGUUCAAGCGGAAUCGACUCUGUUUGUUCAACUUGCGAUAGCGGCACCUACCGAUCGGUUGGCAUCGUUGGCAGUGUUGCAGACCGGUGCUUGCGCUGCACGUCCAUCUCUGGCUGCACCAGCCCCGUCACCUGCAGCAGUUCUGCCGAUUCGCAAUGCGUCUCCUGCGCGAGUGGCCUCUUCUUGAGCGACGGAACUCAGGAUCAAUGCUCACCCUGCACCAGCAUUGUGGGCUGCGCGGUUCCUCUAACCUGCACGACAUCACUCAACUCGCAGUGCUCCAGCUGCUCUCCCGGCCGUCGCCGCCAGCUUGGAGGCUCUGCUGCCGACACUUGCCCCGUGUGCACCCCGAUCUUGAACUGCGACGGGUCUCUUUUGUGCACAACAGCCUCCGACUCCCGUUGCUCAGCAUGCGCCUCUGCGUACUGGCUCAGUGUGGGUUCGGCUGGUGUGUCGGAUUCCUGCGUAGCGUGCACUAGCGUGUCACAGUGCACCUCCUCCCUGACAUGCGUCUCGAGCAGCUCGUCCCAAUGCGCAUCCUGUGCCACUGGAUUCUUCCUCCAAGAUGCAACUUCUCCCGCCCAGGACUCCUGCGGAACGUGCGCAGCCGUGUCCAACUGUAUUGGUACCAUUUCCUGCACCAGCGCGGCCAACUCUAGGUGCUCUGGAUGCGAGACCGGCUAUUGGCUGCAGAAUGGCGUCAAAGACACUUGCGUUGCUUGUACCGCCGUUUCCGGUUGCGCCUCGUCCCUCUCAUGCAGCUCUGCCACAACAUCCCGGUGUGCCGCGUGUAACCCCGGUCAGUACCUUCAAGUGGGCGGCGCGGGAACCCCAGAUGCUUGUCCGACGUGCAGCUCCGUUCCCGAUUGUAUCGGAUCGACCACUUGCACAACUUCCAGCGAUUCCGUUUGCUCGAGCUGCGCAAGUGGCACAUACCGCGUUCCAGGCGCUGUCGGCGUUGCUGCCGACUCGUGCACGGCCUGCUUGCCCGUGUCUGGUUGCAACAGCGCGUUGACCUGCGUUUCCGCGACCACCUCGCAAUGCAGCUCGUGCUCGGCGGGUCGUUAUUUGGUCGAUGCCGAGCAAGACGUGUGUCAACUUUGUCCCUCAGUGCCCUCAUGCACGGGCUCAAUCACAUGUUCCUCGAGCAGCAACUCUCGCUGCUCGGAAUGCGCGCCUGGCACGUAUCGUGUCGCUGGCUCCGGUUCCACCGCCGACCAGUGUGUUUCCUGCCCUGGCAUUGUCGGCUGCCCUGGUAGUAUUACCUGCUCAAACUCCACCACGUCCCGAUGCUCAGCAUGCGCCCCUGGCCGGUUCCUUUCUGUCGGAAUCUCUGGUCAGCCAGACACCUGCCCAACUUGCACAUCGGUGCCAGGUUGUCUCUCUGCAAUCACUUGCGCUUCGAGCUCCAGCUCGCAGUGCACUUCUUGCCAAACCGGCACGUUUUUGCUCGACAAUGCAGCACCAGUGGCGGAUGUCUGCCAGUCGUGCACACUCGUUGGAAACUGUACUUCAACGUUGACCUGCUCAUCGAGUUCCACGUCACAGUGCACGUCGUGCGCGCCUGGGUUCUGGCUGCAAGAUGGCGCCAAGGAUACCUGCGUGGCGUGCACUGCUCUGCCUGGAUGCACCUCUGCGCUCACUUGCUCUUCCGCAACCAGCUCGCAAUGCUCUUCGUGCGCAGCGGGAACCUUCCUCGUGGACAAUGCUUCUCCGACCGCUGACUCGUGCGCGACCUGCACAUCUGUGACUGGAUGCACAUCGUCAUUGACGUGCACCAGCAGCGGUGAUUCGGCUUGCACCACCUGCGCUGUCGGAACCUUCCGCGCGGCUGGUGUCGUUGGCAGCACCGCAGACACGUGCGCGGCCUGCACGCCCGUUGCUGGAUGCAAUGGUGUGCUGUCUUGCACCACCGCAAGUGAUUCGAAAUGCACGUCGUGCGUGGCUGGACUGUUUUUGAAUGCUGGUGUGCAAGACCGGUGCACCAGCUGCACGGUGGUUGAUGGCUGCACAUCGUCGUUGACAUGCUCGACUGCCGACAAUUCGCAGUGCACGUCCUGCACGCCUGGUCGGUUCCUUGUUGAAGGCACCGUGGACAUGUGCCAAGCUUGCACGUCGGUUGUCGGUUGCAAUGGCGCGCUGACCUGCACCUCUUCGCAAAACACGCGUUGCUCGUCCUGCCAGAGCGGAACAUGGCUGAACACUGGCGGUGCAACGUCCCUUGAUGUUUGCGUUGGAUGCAGCCCCGUUGGAAACUGCACCUCCUCGCUGACAUGCGGCUCUGCGACUUCGUCGCAGUGCACCACGUGCGCAGCAGGAACCUACUUGAACGAUCAAAUCGCACCACUUGCGGAUGACUGCGUUGGUUGCACGCCCGUUUCACACUGCGCCGGUGCCAUCACUUGCACUGGCGCGGGCAACGCGCAGUGCGCGUCCUGCGCAUCUGGCUACUACCGCGCCGCUGGUUCUCCUGAUCAGUGCUUGCCUUGCGUCUCCGUGACUGGCUGCGCUGUUGAUUUGACUUGCGCGACAAGCAGCGAAUCUCGAUGCACCACUUGUCAGCCCGGCCGCUACCGCGCUGCUGGCGGUGCUGGUGUUGCUGAUUCCUGCCCAACAUGCUCGAGCAUUGUGAACUGCACAUCCUCCUUGACCUGCACGACGAGCGGCGACUCUGUCUGCACGGCUUGCGCCGUGGGUACCUACCGCUCCGCCGGUGUGGUCGGAUCGCUGGCUGAUUCGUGCACCAACUGCCCUGGCAUUGGUGGCUGCACGGGUGUGCUGUCUUGCACGGCUGUCGGCAAUUCUCAGUGCAGCCAGUGCGUUUCUGGCACCUACCUGGUCGAUGGCGCACAAGAUUCGUGCGCGACGUGUCUUUCAAUUUCGUCGUGCACUGGAACUGUCACGUGCGAUUCGGCAUCCACCUCUCGAUGCAGUGCCUGCGCGGCUGGAACAUACCGGGUUGCUGGUACCGGCUCGACGCCCGAUCAAUGCGUUGCCUGCCCUGCGAUCGCUGGCUGCUCUGGCUCUGUUACUUGCGCGAGCUCAACCACAUCUCGUUGCUCAUCGUGCCAGUCUGGCUUGUACCUGACACCUGGCGGCUCGUCGGCAGACUUGUGCUCAACCUGUACUCCGAUUUCUGGCUGCACAUCUGGCGUGACCUGCAUCUCGUCCAGCAGCUCGCAAUGCACCGCAUGCGCGACUGGCAAGUUCCUCGUGGACAACGCCUCGCCAUCUGCAGACUUGUGCUCCGACUGCACGGCCAUCACGAAUUGCACUGGUUCUACCACGUGCACGAAUCCAGGAUCAUCGCAAUGCGAUGAAUGCAGCAGCGGAUUUUGGCUUCAGAAUGGCCCAGUGGAUGCAUGCAUCGCUUGUACCCCUGUGGCCUCAUGCGUGUCGCAGUUGUCCUGCACCAGUACAUCGAGCUCUCAGUGCGACACUUGCACUCCAGGGUUUUACCUGGUGGAUAACGCUGCACCUGCUGCAGAUCUGUGUGCUGCUUGCACCGACAUUGCAAACUGCUCUGCGACUGAAACAUGCGUCUCAGCCUCCUCUUCCCAAUGCACCGCGUGCAACGCCGGGUCAUUUUUGAUGGAUAACACUUCGCCCGUCGCGGAUUCAUGCGUCACUUGUUCGCCUGUUUCUGGCUGUUCCUCCAGCAUCACUUGCGUCUCAUCAUCGAGCUCGCAGUGUACCGUGUGCGCGAGUGGAACAUUCCUGGUGGACCAUGCGUCGCCAGUCGCAGAUACCUGUCAAGCCUGCUCGACCAUCUCGCAGUGCUCCUCACCUGUCACGUGCGCAUCUGCCAGUUCGUCACAAUGCAGCGCGUGCGCUCCAGGCUUCUACUUGCACCACGAUGUCGCCGACCAAUGCUUGCCUUGCACGGGCAUUGUGGGCUGCACUGGCUCGCUGACGUGCACGUCGGCGUCUGACUCGCGUUGCACGUCGUGCACGGAUGGAUUGUACCUUGCACCCGCCGUCAGUCCCGCGUUCCCCGAUACUUGUGCUCCCUGCCCGGCUGUCACUGGCUGCUCGUCAUCCUUGACUUGCACCUCGAGCAACAGCUCGCAAUGCACAUCAUGCGGUUCCGGUAGCUAUCUGCUUGAUCAAGCCGCCCCGCAGGCCGACACGUGCCCGCAGUGCACCCCAAUCGCCAACUGUUCUUCGGCGUUAUCGUGCACAUCCGCAAGCAACUCGCAAUGUACAACAUGCCUCUCUGGCUCGUACCUUAUUGACAACCCCGUUGGUGUCGCCGACAUUUGCAAGACAUGCACCCCAGUUGCGCAUUGCACUGGCAGCGUUAGUUGCACAAGCGCGUCCGAUUCGGCUUGCUCGAGCUGCGGCGCUGGCUUUUACCAAGGCCCGAGCAGCACCUGCUUGCCCUGCACAGCCGUCUCCAGCUGCACCUCUGCGCUCACUUGCACUACAUCAACGGAUUCACGCUGCACUUCUUGCACAGCUGGAUUGUACCGAGUGACUGGUGCGGCGGGCGUCGCAGAUACGUGCGCACCCUGCCCUCCUGUGACUGGUUGCACUUCGUCCCUGGUCUGCUCGACUCAGUUCGAUUCGCAGUGUUCGUCUUGCGCAGCUGGCCGGUAUUUGGUUGACCACACUUCUCCACAGGCUGACAGCUGCCCUCUUUGCGCCAGUGUCGGUCAGUGUGUCUCCGACCUCACAUGCGACUCUGCGUCCUCCAGCAGAUGCAGCGAAUGCACGACUGGCUUUUAUCUCUCACCUGGCUCGGCAGCAACACCGGACAUGUGCAACCCGUGCACACCGAUUGUGAACUGCACGUCGGCGGUCGCUUGCACCACAGGCGCGAGCUCACGGUGCACAUCGUGUACCGCAGGGACAUGGCUUGUCCCGAGCGGAUCUGAAGCUCAACCGGAUACUUGCCAGCUGUGUCCCGACAUUGUCGGCUGCGUCUCUGCCGAGACUUGUUUGUCUGCAAGCACAUCUCGGUGCACCAAUUGCGUCGAAGGGACUUACCGCAUCGGUGGUUCCGGGUCCACGCCCGACUCGUGCCAGAGCUGCACACCGGUGGCUGGUUGCACGUCGGCGCUGACCUGCUCUACAAGCGGCAAUUCGCAGUGCACAGCUUGUGCCAGCGGAACCUUCCUUGAACAUGGGGUCGCUGGGGCUCCCGAUGUGUGCUCGCCCUGCACGGCAGUGCCAAGCUGUACCUCAUCACUCACCUGCACGUCAAGCACUACGUCACAGUGCACGUCGUGCGCGCCUGGGUUCUGGCUGCAAGAUGGCGCCAAGGAUACCUGCGUGGCGUGCACUGCUCUGUCCGGAUGCACCUCUGCGCUCGCUUGCUCUUCCGCAACCAGCUCGCAAUGCUCUUCGUGCGCAGCGGGAACCUUCCUCGUGGACAAUGCUUCUCCGACCGCUGACUCGUGCGCGACCUGCACAUCUGUGACUGGAUGCACAUCGUCAUUGACGUGCACCAGCAGCGGUGAUUCGGCUUGCACCACCUGCGCUGUCGGAACCUUCCGCGCGGCUGGUGUCGUUGGCAGCACCGCAGACACGUGCGCGGCCUGCACGCCCGUUGCUGGAUGCAAUGGUGUGCUGUCUUGCACCACCGCAAGUGAUUCGAAAUGCACGUCGUGCGUGGCUGGACUGUUUUUGAAUGCUGGUGUGCAAGACCGGUGCACCAGCUGCACGGUGGUUGAUGGCUGCACAUCGUCGUUGACAUGCUCGACUGCCGACAAUUCGCAGUGCACGUCCUGCACGCCUGGUCGGUUCCUUGUUGAAGGCACCGUGGACAUGUGCCAAGCUUGCACGUCGGUUGUCGGUUGCAAUGGCGCGCUGACCUGCACCUCUUCGCAAAACACGCGUUGCUCGUCCUGCCAGAGCGGAACAUGGCUGAACACUGGCGGUGCAACGUCCCUUGAUGUUUGCGUUGGAUGCAGCCCCGUUGGAAACUGCACCUCCUCGCUGACAUGCGGCUCUGCGACUUCGUCGCAGUGCACCACGUGCGCAGCAGGAACCUACUUGAACGAUCAAAUCGCACCACUUGCGGAUGACUGCGUUGGUUGCACGCCCGUUUCACACUGCGCCGGUGCCAUCACUUGCACUGGCGCGGGCAACGCGCAGUGCGCGUCCUGCGCAUCUGGCUACUACCGCGCCGCUGGUUCUCCUGAUCAGUGCUUGCCUUGCGUCUCCGUGACUGGCUGCGCUGUUGAUUUGACUUGCGCGACCAGCAGCGAAUCUCGAUGCACCACUUGCCAGCCCGGCCGCUACCGCGCUGCUGGCGGUGCUGGUGUUGCUGAUUCCUGCCCAACAUGCUCGAGCAUUGUGAACUGCACAUCCUCCUUGACCUGCACGACGAGCGGCGACUCUGUCUGCACGGCUUGUGCCGUGGGUACCUACCGCUCCGCCGGUGUGGUCGGAUCGCUGGCUGAUUCGUGCACCAACUGCCCUGGCAUUGGUGGCUGCACGGGUGUGCUGUCUUGCACGGCUGUCGGCAAUUCUCAGUGCAGCCAGUGCGUUUCUGGCACCUACCUGGUCGAUGGCGCACAAGAUUCGUGCGCGACGUGUCUUUCGAUUUCGUCGUGCACUGGAACUGUCACGUGCGACUCGGCAUCCACCUCUCGAUGCAGUGCCUGCGCGGCUGGAACAUACCGGGUUGCUGGUACCGGCUCGACGCCCGAUCAAUGCGUUGCCUGCCCUGCGAUCGCUGGCUGCUCUGGCUCUGUUACUUGCGCGAGCUCAACCACAUCUCGUUGCUCAUCGUGCCAGUCUGGCUUGUACCUGACACCUGGCGGCUCGUCGGCAGACUUGUGCUCAACUUGUACUCCGAUUUCCGGUUGCACAUCUGGCGUGACCUGCAUCUCGUCCAGCAGCUCGCAAUGCACCGCAUGCGCGAUUGGCAAGUUCCUCGUGGACAACGCCUCGCCAUCUGCUGACUUGUGCUCCGACUGCACGGCCAUCGCCCAGUGCAACGGCGCCUUGUCGUGCUCCUCUUCGAGCAAUUCGCAGUGCACGGCCUGCAGCGCUGGUUACUGGCUGCAAGACGGAACUCAAGACUCUUGCGUGGCCUGCACUGCGGUUUCAGGCUGCACCUCUUCGCUGACUUGCACCUCUGCCACCAGCUCCCAAUGCACGACUUGCGUCAGUGGCACAUACCUCAAUGACAAUGCGUCACCUGCGGCUGACACGUGCAACUCUUGUUCACCGGUGCUGGGCUGUGCAAGCUCGCUUUCUUGCUCGACCAGCUUUGACUCUGUUUGUACUGCAUGCUCGGCCGGCACCUACCGCGUCGUUGGCGCUCCCGGCGCGACGGCCGAUACGUGUCAAACCUGUCCGGUUGUUUCCCACUGCGCCGGGCAAACCACUUGUACGGACUCGACUACGUCUCAGUGUGCAGCUUGCAGCGCGGGCUUUUACCUUGUCAAUGGAGUUCAAGACCAAUGCCAGUCCUGUUCCGCCGUUGCCGGCUGCUCUGUUACCGUCACUUGCACCGGCACCUCGGAUUCGCAAUGCGCGACUUGUGACACUGGCCGGUUUUUGGUGGACGGCGUCCAAGACGUCUGCUCGCCCUGCACGACAGUCCCUCAAUGCAGUGGCAGCUUGACAUGCACCUCGCCCACGACAUCUCGUUGCUCGGCAUGCACGGCGGGCUACUGGCUGAGUGCUGGUUCUGCCGGCGCGGCGGACUCUUGUGUGGUGUGCCCUGGUAUUGUCGACUGCAUUUCGCCGAUUACCUGCGUCUCCAGCACUUCCUCGCAAUGCACAACCUGCCGCUCGUCCACCUUCUUGCAGGACAAUGCCUCACCGACACCCGACGUGUGCCAAGGCUGCCCGUCCAUCGAUGGCUGCACAGGCACUCUGUCGUGUGGCCAGACUGCCGGUACAACGCAGUGCUCGAACUGUGCCGUCGGACGGUACCUUCAGGAAGGCGUCGAGGACGCGUGCCCUGCUUGCACUCCGAUUGCCGGGUGUGAGGCGGUUCCGAGCUGUACGUCGUCGUCCAACUCGCGCUGCUCCCGUUGUUACGACGGUCAGUAUCAUGUCAGUGGCACUGUCGGCUCUGCAGAUCAAUGCCCCACGUGUGCGCCGGUUGCCAAUUGCAGCGUCCCAGUCACCUGCACCACUGGCGGAGACUCUACUUGUAUCACGUGCAAUCUCGGCUCCCGCCGCGUUCCAGGCGUUGUGGGAGCGUCGCCCGAUUCAUGCACCACUUGCGCACCUGUGGACAAGUGCGCUUCGGCCGUGUCGUGCACAACGGCAUUUGACUCGCAGUGCACAGCUUGCCAGGCUGGAUAUUACCUGGCGGAGGGCACGGCAGACCACUGUCAGACGUGCAUGGCCAUCCCAGGCUGUGCGUCCAGCGUGGUGUGCGACUCGCCCUCGACAUCGCGAUGUGCCGCUUGCGCUGUGGGCUACUAUUUGCAAACUGGAACUUCCUCGACCCCAGAUCAGUGCGUGCCCUGCUCUUCAGUCGCCUCCUGCUCAUCCCAGGUGACCUGCUCAUCGGCGACAUCUUCUCAGUGUACAUCGUGCUCUUCGGGCUACUACCUGGUCGACAACGCAGCGCCGAAUGCUGACACUUGUGUUGCCUGCCCCAGCGUCGCCAGUUGCACGUCUGCUGUCACCUGUACGAGCGCCACAAGCUCACAGUGCACGACUUGCGCGGCGGGUUUGUAUCUUCAGGACAAUAGCCCGCCGCUUGCGGACGUCUGCAACUCGUGCACGGCAGUGGCCGACUGCGCCUCUUCUCUGACCUGCAGCAGCUCCAGCACCUCGCAGUGCUCUUUCUGCGCAGACGGCUUUUGGUUGCAAGACGGAGCUGUAGACAGUUGUGUUGCAUGUUCUCCUGUUGCAGGCUGCACGUCCAGCCUGUCGUGCUCGUCCUCGAGUUCCUCGCAAUGCUCUCUGUGCGCACCUGGUCGCUACCUGCGCGACAACAUCUCCCCAACGGCAGAUACCUGUCCCUUCUGCACGCCUGUCGGCAAUUGCACUACGUCCAUUACUUGUACCUCUGCGGCGGACUCUGUCUGCACAACUUGUGCACCCGGCACGUUCAGAGCGGUCGGCGCGGUUGGAGUGACGCCAGACACUUGCCAAGCCUGCUCCCCGAUCGCCUCUUGCAGCGGGGCCAUCACGUGUACCUCAAGUGGCGAUUCGCAGUGUUCGUCGUGCGCUGCUGGCUUCUGGCUGAACGAGGCGGGCACCCAUGAUGUUUGUGUCGCUUGCACUCCCGUCUCUGGCUGCACAACGGGUAGCACCUGCACGACAAGCCUCGACUCGCGAUGCAACAGUUGCGCUCCAGGCUUUUACCUGAUGACUGGAUCGGCCGGCGCACCAGACUCGUGUUCUCCUUGCACGGGAGUGCCGGGAUGUGCGGGCAACCUGACCUGCACCUCGGCUUCCAACUCGCGCUGCUCGUUGUGCGCUCCUACCACCUUCUUGUCCGUCGGAACGAGUUCCACCCUUGACACUUGCACCUCGUGCAGCUCAAUCGUCAAUUGCACCUCGAGCAUUGCCUGCGUCUCGCUCGGAAGCUCGCAAUGCACCUCUUGCAACGACGGAUUCUACCUGAUGGACAACGCCUCCCCUGCUCAAGACGUGUGCGCCAGCUGUCCCGCCAUUCCCAACUGCGCCACCAGUGUCCAGUGCACUUCGGCAGUUGCCGCUCGUUGCUCUGUCUGCCGUGCAGGAUACUAUUUAAGCAACGGUGGUCCUGGAGUGUCCGACUCGUGCGUCGCGUGCACAGGGGUUGCCAACUGCUCUUCUGCAAUCACGUGCACAUCGGCCGUGGACUCGCGCUGCUCUGCCUGCGCCUCGUCCCGCUAUCUGAGCCAAGGCGGUCCCGGCGUGGCCGACUCUUGCCCCGCGUGUGCGUCCAUCGCAUCGUGCGCAGGCCAAACGAGCUGCACUGCUUCCAGCAACUCCCGCUGUUCGAUUUGCGCGGCUGGAACUUGGCUUUCGACCGGUUCAGCCAGCACAUCCGAUACCUGCGUGGCCUGCGCGAGCAUUGUCAAUUGCACCGCCACCCCGUCGUGCUCGAAUUCGACCAACUCUCACUGCUCCAGCUGUGUUGUCGGAACCUUCUUGCAACCCGGCACGGGCUCGAGCCCAGACACCUGCCAGCCUUGCCGAAGCGUUGCGUCGUGCAGUGGAGUCCUGUCAUGCACAUCCACGUUGGACUCGCAAUGCUCUGCGUGUCAGCAGGGCCUCUUUUUGCUCGAUGGAGUGCAAGAUCAGUGCGUGAGCUGCAGUCCAAUCACGGACUGCAUUUCCAACAUUACAUGCACGUCUGCGACAACCUCGCAGUGCACCAGCUGUCUGGCAGCGCACUAUCUCAGGAACGACGUGCAGGACGCAUGCCCGACCUGCUCGCCGAUCGAUGGAUGCACCUCGUCGCUCGUCUGCACAACCAGCUCCGACUCUCGAUGCACCUCGUGCAGCGCAGGACGCUAUCUCGCUCCAGGCAGUACCGGCGUGAGUGAUCUUUGUCCAACUUGCGAGCCGGUUGCAAACUGCACGUCCCCUCUUGUUUGCGACAGCGCAAGCACCUCUCGAUGCGCCGCUUGUGCGAUUGGCACGUUCUUGGUUCCUGGCGGUGUUGGCGUGCCCGACACGUGCGCAACUUGUUCGCCCAUUGCCGGAUGCGCAGUUCCCAUCACAUGCUCCUCCGCUUCCGACUCGCGAUGCACAAAUUGCUUUGCUGGAAGCUACCGCGCGCCAGGGACGGUCGGGGUCAUGGAUUCAUGCCCGUCGUGCACGCCCGUGGUGGGUUGCAACUCGUCCAUUCAGUGCAGUGGUCCGUCCAACUCGCAGUGCUCCUCCUGUGUGGCUGGUCGGUACCUUCUCGAUGUCGGCUCUAUGGGAGCUGACACGUGUCCCACUUGUUUGGGCGUGACCGGCUGCACAAGUCCUCUGACUUGCACGUCCAGUGCUGACUCGCAAUGCCAAACAUGUGCUUCGGGCAUGUAUCUCCAGGAUGGUGUGGUGGAUGCCUGCUUCAACUGCACGAGCAUCACAGGCUGCUCUGUUCCGUUGACGUGCACCAACAGUGGCAAUUCCCAGUGCGCGCAAUGUGCGGCACAACGUUUCUUGGUGGAUGGCGUGGCAGACACUUGCCAGUCAUGCGCCUCCAACUGCUCGCGAGGCUCAUACGAGUCUGUUCCGUGCUCGUCGACCACCAACCGCCAGUGCUCGCCGUGCGCUGCAGUCCCGGGCUGCUCUACCUUUGUGACAUGCUCGUCUCCUUCGGAUGCAAUCUGCGCGACCUGCUCGUCCACCCAGUACUUCAAUGGCGCUGCUUGCACCGCAUGCACAACAUGCAACCCUGCAACAGAGUACGUCGUUCGUGCUUGUAGCGACAGCCUGAAUGCUGUUUGUGGAACGUGCGACGCCGAGUGCUCGGGCGGCUGCACUGGUGCCGGCCCGUCUGCUUGUGUUGCCUGCCGCCACUAUCAGCUGGACGGCGCAUGUGUUGCGUCAUGCCCGGCAGACUACUAUGCGCCGACCGCCAGCGGCGUCUGCACUCGUUGCACCACCUGCCCCGCUGGCCAGUACGCUUCCACCUCCUGCUCUGCCACAUCCGACACGAUUUGUUCGGCAUGUCCCGGCCUGCCCAACUGCAAUAGCACCGAGUGCACCAGUCCAGCUUCGGUCAAGUGUUCUCGAUGCAACGCGCAAUUCCGCCUCCUCUCGCCGACCUCUUGCGGUGCCUGCUCGUCGGGAUGCCCAAGCGGCUCGUUCGCCUCCACCGCAUGUUCGCAGACCACUAGCCAAGAUCGUGUUUGCUCUGCGUGCACUCCGAUCAGCUCGUGUGUGUCGGGUGCACUCACCUGCUCCUCAGCGCAAAACUCGCAGUGCAGCAGCUGCACGCCUGGCUCAUACCGUGUUCCGGGCAUCCCUGACUCUUGUGCGCUUUGCUCCGACUCUUGUCCUGCCGGAUCCUUCCAGUCCACGGCUUGCAGCUCCAGUGGCACGUCCGAUCGUGUUUGCACGGCAUGCACGCCCAUCAGCAACUGCACCUCUGGCGGCGUGACCUGCUCGACCUCGGUCAACAGCCGCUGCUCGCAGUGCGUGGCUGGAACCUUCAAGCAAAGUCUCACCAGCGACACCUGUUCUUCUUGUCUGGCAUCCUGCCCCGAUGGCACGUACGAGGCAGCCGGUUGCUCGAUCACCAACAACCGUCUCUGUCUGUCCUGCCCGUCUAUUACCAACUGCGCCUUCACGUCGUGCACCAACUCGUUCAGUCGGCAGUGUCGCACGUGUCGCUCGGGAUUUUACCGCAUUCCUGCCGCCGGUUCCACUAUGGACAGCUGCGCCGCGUGUCUUUCUUGUGACGUCGGCCAGUACGUCGCGACCCCUUGCGGUGGCGUCAACGGCACGACCGAUACAGUGUGCCGCGACUGCCUGACCAUUCCGAACUGUCAGUCCUCGUCGUGUGUCAGUGGCUCUGCGGGAGGCACGAUCUGCUCCGAGUGCAGCUCCGGGUAUUACCUCGCAGCAGACGGCCGCUCUUGUGUCCGGUGCUCGCCCGUCAGCCCAUGCGCCAGCAAUCUUUUCACCUGCUCGACCGCGAACGAUACCAUUUGUGUGCGAAGCGAUGACUCUGGCUCGGACUUUUUGAGCAACACGUCGCAGGCCGUGCCUGUCAUUGUGUUCUCGGUCCUGAUUCUGCUGGCGAUUGUCGUGAUGGUGGUGCAUGCCUACCGACGCCGCCAGCGAAGCCAAAUGGCUCCCAUCGUGUCAGAUCGGCCAGACAGCGUCAUUGGCUCCAUGUCGAAUGACAGCGUCCAAGUUGCCGCCAAGCCGCCUCAUCGCUCCAAGUCCCCGGCGAAGGCUGAAUCGGACUAUGUUUCCUAUCCCUCAACCUCCGGCGCCUCCUCAUCGUCAGCUGCCACCGCGGGUACCUUUGCUCGCAACAGCACGCUCGCACGCAACAGCAGCAUGAAGCAGCUGAAGCGCAUUUCGAUGCAAGAGUCCAAGCGCUCCAGCUGGAAUGACAUUAUCGCUCCUGCGCCGACCAUUUCCAACUACAGCAAUCCUCUUGCUGCCGUCCACAUGUCCGAGACGCGCGGUAAUGAGAUGCUCACAAACGCCGAAACGCUGCAUACACUGGCAGCGCUGGCGGAUGACACUGCAGAUGCGAUUGCCGCCGAGGAAGCCCAGGAAGGCCAAGACGUCCAGACCGACGUUGCCGAGGGUGAUUCUGAAGCCCCGCGCGGCCGCACUGCGCAUAAAUGGGCUCGUACGCGCAGCAUUUACGUUUGA